AUGGCUUUUCAGUGUCCCAAGUCCUACAGAGCAUACGCCUUUCUCGAGCGCGGAGGAUCCCUUUGUGCGAUAGACGUUCCGUGGAAGGAUCCCCAGCCCGGCCACGUCGUCGUCAAAGUGCUUGCGUGCGGUGUUUGCGCCAGCGAUGAAGCAGUGAGGUAUCAGUUUUUCCCUACCGUCGUGUAUCCGCGCAUCCCAGGGCACGAGAUCAUCGGCGACGUCGUGGCUGUUGCGCCGGGCGAGGUGCAGUGGAAACUAGGCGACAGGAUCGGGGCAGGCUGGCAUGUCGGUCAUUGCAGCGCGUGCGAUCGUUGCCGUUUAGGCGACUUUGUGACCUGCCCCCUUUCAGCACUGUCUCCUACGGGUGUGGGGAGCGAUGGCGGUUACGCAGAGUACGUCACUCUGCGUUCAGAGGCGUUAGCGAGCAUCUCGAGGGAGAUAGAUCCCGCGGAGGCUGCUCCGUUCUUAUGUGCAGGAGUAACGUCUUUCAAUGCCCUUCGUAACAUGCAAGCCUCACCUUCAGAUCUUGUCGCCAUUCAGGGUGUUGGCGGCGUGGGCCACAUCGCCAUCCAGAUAGCACGCCAGAUGGGCUUUCACACCAUCGCGCUUUCCUCUUCAGCUGACAAACGAGAGUCGGCACUGGAACUGGGAGCACAUGAGUUUAUCAGCGGGACCGCAGAAGCACAGGUGGCAACGCUCAAAGCGCUCGGGGGUGCGCGAAUCAUCCUGUGUACCGCACCAGACAUCGGGGCCAUGACCACCCUUGUCGACGGACUCGCAUGCGAUGGCCAGCUCCUCGUUCUCUCGUUCAUCGCGGACUCGCUUCCAAUUCCUAUUGUCCCCAUGCUAGCUCGAAGAUUAAGUGUCCGAGGAUGGCCAUAUGGUACGGGUAAGGACUGUGAGGACGCAGUGAAGUUCGCUACACUGCACGGGAUUAAGCCGAUCACAGAAGAGGCUCGUGAGUCAGUAUACUACGAGCGCGAGACUCUUCAAGCUGCAAAGCCUCAUGUGCCGCGCAUGUUCGGUCUCUGCGCGCGCGCACUCGGAGAGGAUACGGGCUGUGGGACGGCUGCGGGCUUGGCUUCGGUUUGGGUAACAGGAGCGCUGGGACCUGAGACUGUGAAAUCCAGCGACGGGACACCCAUCUACGCCGAGGCCAUCGGCGACUGCCGCAACCCCUCUCUGGUCCUCGUGCACGGGCUCAACCUGUCUGCGGCGACGUUUGACAAUGUGUUCUACGACCAGCGUCUGCUCAGUCACGCUUACAUGGUCCGGUAUGAUCUCCGCGGCCACGGGCGCAGCGGGAAGCCAGAUAGCGCGGAGGGGUACCAGUCGUCCCUGUUCGCGGACGACUUUGCGAGCUAUGGCUGCUCCGUCGUCAGCGACAUAUGCCAGCAUCUCGGGCCCAGCGCGCUGUCCGGCGUCAUCUGCCUCGCCGGCGUGCCGUACGUGGGGCCCGUCCUGGACCGCAUCGCGACGCCGACCGUGCUCGGGUUCCUCCCCUGCCUCACGGACACGCGCGACGUCGCCCUGUGCGGCCGCACAAAGGCGGCCUUUGUGGACACGCUCUUUGAGCACCCCGAGCGCGUCGAGUUCAACGUCAAGGCGUCCUGGAUCGGGCAGGCGCUCCUCCAGCCGCCCGCCGUGUGCGCGCUCGUCCUCGCGCGCGCGCAGGAUCCGGCGGGGCUGUUCGAGGCGGGCCGCCGGGGGCUGCCCCUGCUGGUGCUGGGGGGCACCGCGGACCGGCAGGUGCGGUCGGAGGCGGUGGCGCGGGAGAUGCGCGCGCACUUUGCGGACAUGGACGUGCUCCUGGUCGAGGGCGGCGGGCACGCGCUGUUCUACGAGCGCCAGGACGCGGUCGUCGCGGCGGUCCUCCGGUUCCUCGAGCGGGUGGCGGGCGCGUCGGCGGCGGACGCGGAGGGCAGGCCGCGGCCGGGCGGGUACUGGGGGCCGCGGAGGGGUGCCAAGGAUCUGCCGUCGAUCAUGUUUGACAACUGA